AUCCGGAAAACCAGCUUGAACCAGGAUGCUAGACAGACGAUGACGAUCGCCUGUCAUUCUCAAAGCGUUUACCUUGCCUUGCUGUAGUAAGGAGAUCCCAAUCCCUGCACUGUUUUUUGGUAUGCUUUAUCCUAGUGUACACUACAUCUAUUGUUCUGGGCCCACGAUCUCGGUGGUUCGGCUCUCCUCUGAUUCUCUCCAAUUCCCUUUUCGCUCUCCGGUCUUUAGAUUUGCGAUGGUUUUGGCGAUGAAAGAUCUGGGGAAACGUCUUUUCUUACCACAACAUCUACCCUAGACGGAACGGAGCCGAAGGACCCUGGAUCGCUACCAUCUAUUCGUGUCACCUUUUCCCUCUCCCAAGGCUAUGCGAUGAGUGACUAAAGUCUUCGUCGUGAUCAUGGUUACAAGGUCCUUAUAUACCAGCGUUAUCGCUCUGUGGUUCCUUGCUGAGCAUGUCUGGAGCCAAACGACUACUGCUCGCACACCUACACCUACGAGUUCUGCUCUAAUAUCAACGUCAACAUUUGUUUCGCCAUCUUUAAAACACGAAGGAGGAGGGUUGAGCGAUAAGGCGAAAGCGGGCAUAUCGGUUGGCGUCACCCUUGGUGCCAUUAUUAUAGGCGGAUCUCUUGCGAUAUUAUGUGUUAUCAGGAAACGUAAUAGGACAUUAAUGAGGCCAGAGACACGGGUCCCGCCAUCGCGUGAUGUUGACGAUGAGGAUAUAUCAGGGGGAGACGCUGGAAAGGGUAAGCAGGUCCAUUAUAUGAAUGCGCCCUCGACUGGACAGCACGGUGUGUUUCAACAGGCGCCACAUGGAGUCGCAUAUCACGGAGGGGAGUAUCCAGCAAUACCAGAUCAGGCAUAUAUAUUGCCCCAGCAAACACAAGCGAUGCUGCCCGCGGUAGGGCAAUAUGGAGGGACAUACGCUUAUUCAGGAACAACGUACCUUGGGCCCACGCCCAUCGGUGCGAACCCGCAACAUGGCUACGCAGGGCCAUCUAAUACACAAUAUCAGCCCGAAGCACAUAUACAUUCACAACAGCAGCAACAACAACAAGGAGGAGACUUGACAUGGAUAUAUCCAGUAUCGACAUUAUCUCCGGUUGACGGAGCACCUCUACAAGACAUCCAGUAUAACUAUCUCCAAGACUACCAACCUCAGGUACAAGCCUCGACGUCGGGUCAUAACCAGAACGGAAGCCCAAUUUCGCCGCAAGAAUAUCAAAACGAUAAAUAUCACGUCCCACUACCUCGCCCAGACGUGAGCGAACUUCCCGAGCAGCGGAGACCCGUCGAAUUAAUGGGAGAAGGGCACUACAAAGAGGUGCCUUGAACAGCGAAAUCAAUUAAAACGUCUUUACUCAAAACAUAACACGCCACGCCCGGAUUGCAUAUCUCCGCGCAUUUGUAUAUCGUUGUAUACUUCACGAGGAAAGGCUGGGUACUUGAGCCCGGCCAGGAGCAUAGCAUAACAGUAAUGGCAAGUCUGUCUAUCUACCAAUUGUAUACCCAGGGGUAAAAAUCAUAUCAUGGCCC